AUGGACCGCCUUUUGCAGUUCCGCUUCGAAUCGGCCCCUGGUUGGCAGUCCAAUGUGGCUCUAUUCCUACUGUCGAUCGGAGGAUUAUUCACCGCAUGCAAACUGUUUAGCUUUUGCCGUGCGCUUCUCAGUAUUUUCGUUCUACCAGGGCAGAAGCUCUCCAAAUUCGGACCAAAAGGUAGCUGGGCUUUGGUUACUGGUGCCUCGGAUGGAAUUGGUAAAGAAUACUCUCUCCAGCUCGCCCGUGCUGGUUAUAAUAUCCUCCUCGUCUCGCGUACGACUUCAAAACUAGCCGCGGUCGCCGAUGAAAUCAAAAGCAAGUCACCCACGGUACAGACCAAAGUCUUCGCAAUGGACUUCUUCAAAAACAACGAUGGUGACUACGAAAACCUCAAGCUUCUGAUCCAGGAUCUUGAUAUCUCAAUCCUCGUCAAUAAUGUCGGCCGCAGCCAUAGCAUCCCCACGCCAUUUGUCCUCACCCCGCUGGAAGAAUUGGAAAAUAUCAUUAUGAUCAACUGCACUGGUACCCUACGCAUCACCCAGCUCGUCGCACCAGGAAUGAUGCAGCGCAAGCGCGGGUUGAUCUUGACCAUGGCAUCUUUUGCUGGCAUGAUUCCUACCCCGCUGCUGGCUACUUACUGCGGGAGCAAGGCAUUCCUGCAAUACUGGUCAAUCGCCCUAGGUGCCGAACUGCAACCGUACGGGGUGCAGGUUGAACUUGUCCAGAGUCAUCUGGUGACUUCUGCCAUGUCUAAAAUCCGCCGGCCCACCGUUACGGUCCCCAUUCCGCGCGACCUCGUCCGAGCUGUGCUGAGUAAAAUUGGUCGCGGGAGCGGCUUGUCGGCAUACGCUUAUACCUCUGUGCCCUACUGGAGUCAUGGCCUGAUGGCGUACGCGCUAACGCAAGUUCUCGGACACAUGGGGAAGUUCGUUUUGGGUUAUAAUAAAGCCCUCCAUGAGUCUAUCAGGAAACGUGCGCUGCGAAAGGCGGAGAGGGAGAAAAACAAGAAAUCUACUUGA